AUGCCUGGGCUGUUAAACCGGAUCACCGGGGCGCCUCUGCCCCUCACGACGGCUGAGAUUAGUGCCUGUGUCAGUGGUUAUGCCCUGGGAAUGACAGCAUCACUUACCUACAGCAACCCGGACUCCCAGCCGGUCGAAGCGCUCUUCGUUUAUCCGCUGAACGAGCACACGGUGGUCGUCGGCUUCGAGGCUGUGAUCUGCAGGCGCAUCGUAACCGUCCAGAUUAAAGACAAAGCCAAAAUGGACGAGUCUUACUACGAUUACUGCAGUAUGUCCAGCGGGAGAUUCCCCGAAGGAAACGGGAGGAUCCUUCUGGAUGAAGAUUUGGAAAGGAUCAUCUUCGUGGCCAACCUCGGAGCCGUCCCAGCUCAGGAGAGCGUGUCGGUUCUGAUAAGCACCUCCUCUGAGCUUCCCACCCUGUCCAGCGGGGCCGUGAGGGUGCUUCUCCCUCCUGUGUGCGUUCCCAAAGUGUCCCACGGCACGACGGAUUAUGGCCUGGCCUCUGUCACCCCUUUAAGGCUGAGAGAGUCUGGUCUUUCCGGGGGCAGUAAGAAACUCUGCCUGGCAACCCUGCUAGAAACGGAGGCCGUGAACUCCAUUGAGUAUGAACUUACUUUUCAUUUGGAAAUCCGUGCUCCCUAUCUUUUGGCGGGUGUGGAGAGCCCAACGCAUGAGAUCCGAGCAGACGCUGACCCCUCGGCUCCUUCUGCCAAAAGCAUCAUGAUCACAUUGGCCAACAAGCACACGUAUGACCGGCCAGUGGAAAUCCUCAUCCAUCCUAGCGAGCCUCACCUCCCUCAUAUCCUGAUGGAAGAAGGCGACAUGACUCCUUAUGAAUACGAACAGUUCCUAAAGGGGAAGAGCGACUUCAUCAGAGCCAUCAAAAAGGACUCCAGUGCCGAGAAAAAGACGGAAAUGAUCCGGAAACGUCUUAUUAAGGACAUCUGCCAUAACCCAGUGGUGAUGCUUAACUUCUGCCCCGACCUUCAAGCCUCCCAGACCGACCUCAGCAAGGCGCAGGGGGAGUUCAUCUUCCUCCUGGACCGCAGCGGCAGCAUGAGCGGGGUCAACAUCACCAGAGUCCGGGAUGCCAUGCUGGUGAUACUGAAGAGUCUGAUGCCCUCCUCUCUCUUCAACAUUAUUGGAUUUGGAUCCACCUUCAAGUCUUUGUUUCCGUCCAGCCAGAGUUAUAAUGAGGAAAGUCUGGCCGUGGCCUGUGACAGCAUCAAAAGGCUCCGAGCCGACAUGGGCGGCACCAACAUCUUGUCCCCUCUGAACUGGAUCAUCCGGCAGCCGGUGUGCCGGGGUUACCCGCGACUUCUCUUCCUGCUUACGGAUGGCGCCGUUAGCAAUACGGGCAAAGUGAUCGAGCUGAUCCGGCACCACUCCUCCUUCACCAGAUGCUACAGCUUCGGCAUCGGGCAGAAUGCCUGCCGGCGGCUCGUCCAAGGAGUGGCCAGCGUCUCCAAAGGGUGCGCCGAGUUCUUAAUGGAAGGGGAACGACUCCAGCCCAAGAUGCUGCAUUCCCUGAAGAAGUCGAUGGCGCCGGUGCUGACGGACGUCACCGUGGAGUGGGUCUUCCCGGAGAGCACAGAGGUCUUGAUUUCACCGAUCAGCUCGAGUUUCCUAUUCCCGGGAGACCGCCUGGUGGGGUACGGCGUGGUGUGCAGCACCGCCCGAUACCUCUCCAACCCUCGCUCCGACAAGCGUCGGAGGUACAGCAUGAUGCACUCGCAGGAGUCCGGGAGCUCGGUUUUCUUCCAGUCCCAAGAAGAAUCAUCCGGAAGCAGCAGCUCGAAGGGUCACCAAGAUGGCAGCCCCCAUUUCCUACAAAGCACCGGAUCACCGAGAGACGAUUCCAGCGGAGACGCUGAUUCAGCCUCCGGCGCGGGCUUCCAGCGGAGAGCCUACAGCACAAGUCAGAUCUCUGACCGCGACCCCGCGCCGAGAACGCACACGUCCAGCGACCCCAGCACCGCGCAGGAGAAGGGGCAGAUCUGCAGGAUCGAAAUCCAUGAACUCCGGUCCCCAGAGAUGAUCCCCACGGAUGCACAGCCAUCUGUAUCUGUCAGCCAGUUCGCCGGCACCACAAAGAUAAGGGGUGCCGGUGCCAGGCGUCCCUCCCUCCUUCAGCAGGGCUGUCUCUCGUUCUGCCAUGAUGGGGACACCUCAUUGACACACGAGGGUCUGCAAGCAGCCGUCACGGGAAGCUCCUCCGCUCAGCAGGAGACAUCACUGUCUCUGAAAUCCUCCUCUGACAGUCAGCCCUUCAGCAGCCCCGGGGAAAUGGAAUGCAACCACCCUUGCUUCACCUUUGAAACCGAAUCGGCAUCAGAGUCCUUCUCACAAGACCAGGCCGCUGGGAUUAAAGCCCCUGCUCCCCACUCACACUCCAUGUGCAAGGCUGUGGUCAGGGGCUUAAAGAAUAACCAGCCCGUUCAGUGGGACAUCUCCUUCGACAUCCAGGAGCUUUUCAGAGAGCGUGAGAGCAGGGAGGACGACGAGAGCGACCUGUGGAACGAGACGUUCCACCACCUGGCCGCAAAGUCCAUCAUACGAGACUUUGAGCAGCUGGCCGAACGGGAAUCUGAUAUCGAACACGGUCCGGGGCGCCGGUUUCAGUUAAAUGCUAUACACACCAGCAAAGCGUGCAACGUGAUCAGCAAGUACACGGCUUUCGUCCCCGUAGACCUGAGCAGCAAUUCAUACCUGCCGAGCGUGGUUGAAUACGCCAACACAGGUGCUGCUCUCCGGCAGGGUUCCCAGCGGAGUUUAAAUUCGGGGAGCCGUCGCUUGAGAGGGUUCUCCGUCGGCCUGGGGCGGUCUCAGUCUACCUGCGUUUCCGAGUCAUCGGAUGAUCGAUUUUACAAUGUAGAUGAGAAUGCGACAUCUCCUUGUACCACUCCGGUCUCCUCGGGGUGGGAGCGAUGCAGUUUUCCACAAGCUCCGCAGAGAAGCCCCUCCGUCUCGUCCUCGCAUUCCCAGAGAUCCAUAGAAAGCCUCUUUGCUGCCAGGUUGAGCCUAAACAAGACGCGACUCUUGACUCGGGCCGCCAAAGGAUUUAUGAUCAAGUCUCCCGGGAAAGGCAGCGACGAAAGCGAGAAUGAAAAGAAUAGUGACUAUCUACCCCUGGUGUCGUUGCAGUUGGCUUGUGGAGCGUUUCUGCUGAACCAGGCCUUCGUAGAUGCAACCAACAUCCCUUUGGACAAGCUGAAGUGGACAUCUCCGUUCAACAGUCACCGUGCCGCUCUAAGCCCAAUGUCCCACAGCUCUUCCCCUUCCAGAAAGGACGCCGGCCUUGCUGCUAGCACCACACAGUUACUGGCCCCGGACACUGAGCAUCACAGCACGCCUAAUGGGUUCGGCGAAGAUGUUUCUCAACACGUCCGAACCCGCCAUCUAUCCUCUAGUGCAGUUGAAAGUCCCUCCCAUUCUUCUCAUGAACUCUCGCUCCCUGUGUUAUCUCUUAGACGCUUCUCUUCUCCAGAGAGUGCCCAGGACUCUGCCUCCACUCACACAGACAGUGGUUUGGGAUCAGAGUCGGAGAGCUCUGAACUUCAAUCUUGGAUGGAGGGCAUAGAGGAACAGCGGCGGUCACAGCCCGAAAGUAUGGUGUGGGCCACCGCAGUUGCCCUCGCAUGGCUGGAGAACAGCUCAGCCGCCUAUUUCACUGAGUGGGAGCUGCUUGCAGCCAAGGCAGAUAAAUGGCUGUGCCGGCAGCAGAUCCCCGAGGGACGUACCCUGGCAUCGGUGAAGUCCGCAGCCCAGCAGCUGUUCGUGUUGCUUCGACAUUGGGAUGAGAACCUUCAGUUUAACGUCUUGUGCUACAACCCAAGCAGUGUGUAAGGUGGGGGAACGUCGGGAAGAAGUGAGAUUCUGGAACAACAGAGCUGCAUUCGAGACGUGGUAUGAGUGUCGUGUGGAGUGCUGGUGUCACGGUCGUUGAGUUUGGAGAUGUCCCCUGCAUGUGGACUCCGAAACGCAUUUUGCUUCCAGUGGUUGAUGCGUGCGUCCUAGGUGUUUCUGUGCUCCCCUGAUGCAAACUCUUCCCAACGUCUUUCCCGUCUUCGCACCAACAUUG